UGAUAUCAAGCCUCAUAAGCUUGCAAUACUAUGUAUCCUAUACCUCAUCUGUAAUACAAUGUUGAUCUUAUGUUAUCAUUGCCUUUUUCAAUUUGUCCCUAGAUACAGUGCUGCCCUUUCAUACAGAGCCACUUUCUCCAUUCAUGUAAUAUCACCGUUCAUGAUAUAAACGGAGAAAUGUCAUACUUUUCAAUGAAUGUAGUAAGAUUUACUGUAAUAAACAAAAUAUAAAUUUAAUUAUUUACUAAAUAAUAAUUUUAAGUAAUUUAAUUAUGAGGAAAUGUAAGUCUAAAAAAUAUUUAAAUGCAUUUCGUUUAUAACUAGUGACUGUCAUAAACACAGUAUCGAGGUUAAUGGCAUAAAUACAUUCUAUCAACUUGUUUUGAAAUUGUAAAAUAAUAUAUUAAUUAAUUGUAUUUAAAAAUGUGCCCAGCACUUUUAGAAAAUGAGGAACGGUGUUUUGGUGGAAUGACAUUUUUUGCACAAAGCCAUCCAAUUGAGGUUUGUGGUAGUAAUGGUUUACCACUUACACCAAAUUCUAUAACUAUAUAUGGAAAAUCACAAUUUUUGAAAACUAUUCAUCAUCCAAAUUUAUCAACUUAUCUUGAUAUAAUAAGAAGUAAACAUGAAAGAAUAGUAGUAGUGACAGAAUACAAUGGAGAUCCAUUAAGCAGUAAAGAAAACCUGAGUACAGAUGAUAUUAUGAAAAUAGCAUUCCAAUGCUUAUUGGGUUUGCAGCACAUGAAUAUUUUAAAUUUAGUGCAUAGACAUUUAAGCCCUGAAAAUAUACUCAUCAAUAAAAGUGGAAAUGUACAACUAUAUAACUGUGGUUUGUAUUAUAUGACAGAUUGUGGAAAACAUGUUUCUUUUCCUAUAGGUUAUCCAAAGUAUACAGCACCUGAAGUAUUUUUGAGUCCUUGCGUUAGUAGUCCAAAAGUAGAUUCUUGGUCUUUGGGUAUGAUUAUUGCAGAAUUACUUUUAAGAGGACCAAUAUGGUCAGGUGUAAAAUUAUCUCAAUGUUUAAGAAAAGUUCUUAGUUUAAUACACUGUGAAACUUCAGUAUUUGAACGUCUGGCAAGAGAAAAUAAUUACUAUAACAGUUAUAUGGAAUUACCUGACAAAGUGAAAGAAUUUGUAGAUUGUUGUCUUCAAAUCCAUCCUUCAAAACGUAAAAUACCAGAGGAAUUGUUAAAAUUACCAAUAUUCAAAGAACUUUUAUUGAAAAGUAAAAAGGAAGAGCAAGAAAAUCUUUACAAAAAUGUUAUUGUUAGAAAAAUGGAUGAGUUAUACUAUUUAUGGCAAUUGGCAGGUGGAGACAUUACUGUAGAACUCAAGAAACAAGGACUUAUCAGAUCAAGACCACCUAUUCUAUCUAUUCCAAAUUUAGUUAUACUUUUAGGUCAAAUGUUUGGACAUAGAGAUACUGCUGGCUUACUUGAUCUGCGUGUGAUCAAAGUUCCUCUUGAUACGCUCAGACAACGAUUAUCUCAUAUUCCAUAUAUAGCAAAUUAUCCAUGGUUAACAAAUGAAAUGCACGUUCAGUCCCAAGAAGAUUUAAUAGAUGCUGCCUCUCAACUACCUUUAAUUAUACGAGAGAGGGAUACAGAAUAUCAAUUUUAUAGAAUUAUUUUAUAUAACAGAUUAUUACAGGUUUAUCCAAUUACUAGAGAAGCAAUUAUAGAAGAAGCGCAUAAAGAUAUACCACCACCAGUUCGAGGAGCUGUAUGGGCGGCAUUACUCGGUAUUACUGGUGAUAUUCAGAAGCGCUAUGAUAUGAUUGAUAAGGAGACACCCACUCAUACAGAUCGACAGAUAGAAGUAGACAUACCAAGAUGUCAUCAAUACAGUGAACUAUUGUCGUCUGGUGCUGGUCACGAGAGAUUACAGAGAUUACUGAAGGCAUGGGUACGAAACAAUCCUCAUUAUGUUUAUUGGCAAGGAUUAGAUUCAUUAACAGCUCCAUUUCUUUACCUUAAUUUUAACAACGAAGGUAAUAAAUUAAUCAUUUUUUUCUUUUGCUAUAUCCUAUUUCUAAUACAUAAAACUUUCAUUUUAGCUAGAGCAUUUGAAUGUCUAUCUGCGUUUAUACCAAAAUAUCUUCAUAAAUUCUUUUUAAAGGAUAAUUCUGCCAUCAUACAGGAAUAUUUAGGAAAAUUUUCCCAAAUUAUAGCAUUUCAUGACCCUCAAUUGGCCAAUCAUCUCAGAUCAAUUAAUUUUGUACCAGAAUUAUUUGCUAUACCAUGGUUUUUAACAAUGUUUUCACAUGUAUUUCCACUUCAUAAAAUACUCCAUUUGUGGGAUAAACUUCUAUUAGGAGAUUCUUCGUUUCCACUUUUAGUUGGUUUGGCGAUAUUAAAACAGUUACGUGACUCCCUUUUAACUUCUGGUUUUAAUGAAUGUAUUCUGUUAUUUUCUGAUCUUCCUGAAAUAGACAUAGAAUUAUGUGUUAAAGAUUCUAUGACAAUGUAUCAAAAUACACCAGCUAGUAUUACUUAUAGAAAAUAUCAAUUUAAUCAACCGAAGGAUAUGAAUUGGUCAGAACCUGAGCCAGGCACUGAAAGAAUGCCGACAAUUUGUGUUGAUGACUUCUUAAAUUUGUUAGACAAUAAUCCUGAAAGGUUAAUAGUUGUCGACAUACGUAAUAAUAUACAAUUUGAAAGAGGUAGCAUAGCAGGAAGUAUUAAUAUUCCAUUUACAAGUGUACAACUUUCUCAGACUCAAAUUGAAACUCUUGGACCUCAAGCUAAACCAAUUGCGGAAAAUAAAAACAGUAUUGUUGUAAUUAUUGGGCCUCACGAUCAAAAUAAUGCUCUGUUUGUAGAUUUUCUUGUAAAGUGUGGAGUUAUGGGAGUAUGUUCCUUACAAGGAGGAAUUUAUGGCUUGCGAUCAAAGUCUCCGAACAUUAUAGUAGCUAUACGUUAAGCAAUAUGUACACAGAUACAUGAAAUUCUAAUGAUUUAUACAAUAUAUUUAACAUAUAAAAUGUUUAUAAUUUGUAUAUAUAUAUAAAAUAUUAAUUUUCUUUUGAAUUACUUUUUUUAUCUAUUGUAAAUAAAUUAUUGU